AUGGCGCUCGUUGAGGUGCCUGCCGCUACCAUCGGCAUGCCUCCUCUUGAAGAUGUGAAGCCUUUUGAAGAAGCCCCUUCUGUGGUUAUUACUCCUUGUGACCCCUGGCCCCGGCCAUACUUUCUCGAGAACGGUUUGCGACGUGUUGCGCCAUAUCAUUACACGUAUAAUACGUACUGCAAAGAGAGGUGGAGGGGAAGAGAAUUGUUGGACAUUUUCUCGAGUGAGUUUCGGGAUCGGCCACUGGAGUACUAUAAAGAUGCAAUAGAACGCGGAGCGGUAGUUGUCAAUGGUAAGCCUGUACCUACGCCGAACCAAAUUGUCAAGAAUGGAGACGUUAUAUCCCACACACUGCAUCGACACGAACCCCCGGUCACCGCACUUCCCAUAUCUGUACUACACGAAGACGACGAUAUGAUAGUUAUAAAUAAGCCUUCUGGAGUUCCAGUGCAUCCCGCCGGCCGCUACAACUUCAAUUCGGUGGUUGAGAUUAUGCGGGCUGAGAGAGGACACAGUUGGAACCCCUUGCCGUGCAAUAGACUCGAUCGGUUGACUAGUGGCGUUAUGUUCAUCGGCAAGAACCCAAAAGCUGCUGAGAAACUAAGCAUGCAGAUUCAGAAGCGGACUGUCCGCAAAGAGUACAUUGCUCGAGUUCGAGGAGAAUUUCCUGACAAAGAAGUUGUCUGCGAUAUGCCGAUCUUACAGAUAUCACCGAAGCUUGGUCUGAAUCGCGUACGCGCAAAUGGAAAGGCAGCUCGGACAGUAUUUAAGAAGUUAGCUUACUAUCCACCUGCAGCUAAACCUGUUGCAGAAGCAACGACUUCGGAUGGGGCUGUUCAUGAAGCAGCGCCUAUGCCCGCGGAUGAAGGGUAUACGAUUGUAAGAUGUCUCCCUGUGACCGGCAGGACACACCAAUUGCGAGUUCACCUACAAUAUCUAGGUCAUCCAAUCGCAAAUGAUCCAAUUUACGCCAACCAACGUGUAUGGGGAUCCAAUUUGGGUGCAAACGAUGGCGACGGCUCUCAAGAUACAGACGAGGACAUCAUCACUCGGCUUUCCCGGAUGGGAAAAUCAGAGGUUGCGGAUGCUGUGGCGUAUCACGAUGAGCUGGUUGACGAAUACAACAAAAAGAAGGCUGAAAAGAUGUCAGGGGAGCUUUGUGACGUUUGUCAAACCCCGCUCUACACCGAUCCUGGGCAGCAGGAACUUUCUUUAUGGUUACACAGCCUCCGGUACGAAGACGCCGGUGGAUCUUGGAGCUAUAUCAGCCCACUUCCAUCAUGGGCCCUACCUCCUGAUGGAGUUGAUGGACCGACAGAAGUUGGAGGGAUGGACGCGCUAGUUCAGGUUGUGAAAGAUGAGAAUCCAGAGAUUGCAUAG